AUGAAGACAUCAAAUGUUCUUGUUCUCAUCUUAGUCCUGCUUUACAUCAAUGCCAGCACAGAAUGGCCUAUACACACAGUCUGCAAAGAGGACAACUUGGAAAUACAUUACAAAAGCUGUGAUCCCCAGCAAGAUUUUGCUUUCAGCAUUGACCAUUGCUCUGAUAUCACAACCCACACCUUUAACAUCAGAGCUGCAAUGGUCCUAAGACACAGCAUCAAGGAACUGUACGUCAAGCUUGACCUGAUCAUAAAUGGGAAGACUGUCUUAACCUACUCAGAUACGCUUUGUGAGCCGGGUCAUUCUAAACUUGUUUUCUGUGGAAAGAAAAAAGGAGAACACCUCUACUAUGAGGGACCAGUCACACUGGGAAUCAAAGAAAUCCCACAGGGAGAUUACACUGUUUCAGCAAAACUGACUAAUGAAGACCACGUGACCAUUGCUUGUGCUGAUUUUACCGUGAAAAAUUAUUUAGAAUAUGAUUAGCAACAAAGCAAUUUUGUGAAAGCUACAGACUACCAAAGCUAUUCAAGCCAAGCGAGCUGCUUGCAUGCUACAAUGAUUCUGAAGGAAAUAAUCCCCACGUGGUGGUUCUGAUGCUAUUCCUCGUUAUAAUUCACUAUUUUCAAGAAGUCACUAGAUCCUCU